CGCAACAUAAUCACCUACACCUUCGCGCACCGCACACACCCAUAUCAUCACCAAAACGCACAUCCAAACAUCACACACCACACUCAGAGCUACAGUGACAGCCCACCAUGCCUGCAGGAGAACCGCCGCCAGGCACACCACUUGCGCCAAGUGUCGAGAAAGCCUACUACCGCAAAUGCAUUCAGUUGAAACGCCGCCUCAACGAAGUCGAAUCUGCGAACGAUGACCUCAAAAUCAGACGAAUGCGACUAGACCGAUCCAUCAUGAAGAUGCGCCUAGAGAGAGCAUUCUUGCUAGACGAGCUUCGAAAGCGCGCAGAACCGAACAUUGACGGCAGCGAUGGUAGUGGUGAUGAGGGGAUGCAGACUCCGCCUCCAGACAGGCCAUAUCGUGACAAGAGACGGCGACAACAAUCGAGCUCACAUGGGCAAGGUGCGGCGGCACCAUCAAACACGUUCCAACACGUGCAGUACGCACCGCCAGGUGCCGAUGGACGAUUCGCAUACGUAGACCCCGCUCCUGCACGCACGCUGCCCAGUCAAGGCUCCGCGCCUGCCCUUCCCCACGGCUCCCCAUAUGGGCCACCCCCUACUGGCAUACCUAGUGGCACUAGCCAGGCGAACGGCGAGGCAGGAGGAGAGACAGCGGAGGGAGUGAAGGACGCACAAGAGAACGGAGAUAGAUCCGCAGAAGUUGAGGCUACCCGUGGAGGAGGUGGCUUCUCUGCCAUCAACUCAUAGCCUCGGACAAGAGCACGGACGAUGGAGUCAGAGGGAUGUACUUUUAUUGGGGUCAUGGUACCCGCAGCAUUGGGACGGCGCACAGGUCAUGUCGCCAUAGUGCACGCGGGUGGAUAUCAUUUCACGAUGACCAGCAUUCGGAAGGGACAGGCUGGUGGUGUGGUGUCUCUACGAAAGAGAUCUGAGCAUCACCAUGUACUGGCAAUGCGCACCACAGCCGCCACUUUCAAUGCUUCACUUUUCGCGGAUAUUGCGAACAUCGGAACGGCUGGCAAGCAUUACAGAUUGGCGGGACCGAUAUUUCAGCGUCUCGAUGCACAUUGCAGAACGGAACAGGUCUGUUGUCAAUGCUGCAGAUACAUCGGCGUGCCUACAUAAAGCGAGCUCGUGAACGAGUCUGUUCUCGAGUCUGAUGCUAGGAGGCAGCCACUGAGGCAGGCGGCGAAACAGGCUUGGAGCACAAAGUCGAUGCAGUAAGCAUUCACAUAGUCACGAAGACGCUCGGUACGCAAGAAUCAUUGCUCCCGUACUGGCUCAUCUCGUAUCAAGACACCGACACUGUACCUUCUGAGAUUGUACUCUUCGUGCAUCCAAAUCACUGUUUUAAAGCAGAUGGGUCGAACUCUCCCACUGCGUCUCAUGUAAAUGAUCGAUCGCUGUGAGCCAUACUUGCGCUUUACCAGAGCCAAACCAGUUCGAUCCAACUCAGUUGCGUAGAGGGCGCAGCACCG